AUGAAGUUGGAAAACCAGUCAGGGAUUGAGGAAUUCAUCCUCCUGGGAUUUGGGGAAUUCUACGAAGUGCAGACACUUCUCUUCCUGACAUUUCUAGUAAUUUAUGUUGUGAUGAUGGCUGGAAACACUCUCAUUGUUGUCCUUAUUGUUUUUGAUCAGCAUCUUCAUACACCGAUGUAUUUCUUCCUGGGGAACCUCUCCUUCUUGGAGGCUUGCUAUAGUUCCAAUGUAUUUCCACGGAUGCUUUCGUCUCUCUCCACCGGAGAUGGAAGACUUUCUGUCACCAGCUGUUUUAUGCAGUGGUAUCUCUGUGGUUCCUUGAUUGCUGCAGAAUGCUAUUUACUUUGUGUGAUGUCUUAUGAUAGGUAUCUAGCAAUCUGUAAACCACUGCAUUAUUUUACAACCAUGAACACCUGGACUUGCAUCCAAUUAGCAGUUGCAUCUUGGAUCAAUGGAUUUAUAGCUUUCCUGAUAUUACUCAGUCUGAUGUUGCAAUUAACGUUUUGUGGCCCCAAUGAAAUUAAUCAUUACUUUUGUGACUACUUCCCACUCCUUAAGCUCUCUUGCAGUGACACCAGCUUGAUGCAAAUGUUGGGUUUCAUUGUGGCUAUUAUAUUCACACUCCCUCCUUUUCUUUUAACUUUAACAUCUUAUGUAUAUAUAAUUGUUGCCAUCUUGAAAAUCCCUUCCACCACAGGGAGGCAAAAGGCCUUUUCCACCUGCUCCUCUCACUUGAUUGUGGUUUCGAUCUUUUAUGGUUCACUAAUGAUUGUGUAUAUGCUACCAAAGGGGGAAGGCAACGGAGAGAUGCAAAAAUUUUCCUCUCUCUUGUAUUUAGUUUUGCCCCCUCUGGCCAACCCAUUUAUAUACAGCCUGAGAAACAAAGAAGUAAAAAAUGCCUUGAGAAAUAAUAUUGGUAGCAUAGUAUCAUGCAAAGCAAUUGCUAAGAAGCUUGUGAAUGUGUAA